AUGCUCAUCCAACUCACAGGCUCGCUCUUCGCAGCUUGGCUAACCUAUCGCGGGCUCAGGUGGUACCUUGUGCCUGACCCAAUCGACCUCCUCCCGGGUCCCAGACCCAAGUCUUGGCUCACUGGCGAUAUAAACGACCUAAUCAACCCAAACGGAUGGGAGUUCCACGCCCGUCUGGAACGGGAAUACGGUCCGAUAUCCAAUAUCAAGAGCUUCCUUGGAUCUAACUUUGUACACAUCUAUGACCCCAAGGCACUCUACCACGUCCUCGUCAAGGUCAUUCCUGCCCUGGGCCAGACCCCGCUACCCUUUAGCUUUAGUGCUUACCAUUAUGUCCCACAGGACCAAGAUACCUUCGAAGAGAAUCCGAUCUUCCGGAUUACCUUCGAACAAGUAUUCGGAAAAGGCCUCCUCUCAACUUUCGGCGACCAGCACCGCAAGCAACGCAAAAUGCUCAACCCCGCGUUCUCCAUUGCGCACCUUAAAGAACUCGUUCCUGUUUUUCAUCAUGUUUCUCAGAAGCUCCGCGAAGGCAUAAAGCAACAGCUAGCCGAAGGGAAAGACGAGGUCCGUACUAUUGACCCUGACCGUUGCCAUUACCGCUUGACCAGCGAUGACCAUACUCAGAUCGACAUCCUCUCUUGGUCAACCCGCACAGCACUCGAAUUAAUCGGGCAAAGCGGGUUAGGAUACUCGUUCGACACUCUAGAGUCAGACACACCCGAACACCCCUUCUCAACCGCGAUCCGUGGCUUUGCCCAACUCCUAAACACAUUCACCAUCUCUCGCUUCGUCGUCCUCCCACUCGUGCACGACCUGUUCACACCGUCGAUUAGGCGAUUUGUCGUGGACAUCCUCCCUUGGCCCCGCCUUCACCGUCUUCGAGAUAUGAUCGACACAAUGCAUAACACCUGUGUUCAAAUUUUUGAGGACAAAAAGCGGGGAAUUUUGGAGGGCAGCCAAGACGCGAAAGACGGGAAGGACAUCAUUAGUAUCCUGAUGAGAGCCAACAUGUCUGCUUCCGAAACAGACCGCCUCCCCGACUCUGAGCUCCUCGCUCAGCUUUCGACCCUGACAUUCGCAGCAAUGGACACAACAUCCAACACAACCGCGCGCUUAAUCCACACGCUCGCAUCCAACCCUACGAUCCAAUCCCAACUUCGCUCCGAGCUCCUCAACGCCAAAGCGAAUGUGGACGGUCGGGAUCUGACAUACGAAGAACUCGAUCAACUCCCACUACUUGAUGCUGUGUGCCGUGAAACCCUCCGUCUCACCAACAAACCCGCCGUCCUCCCUCUCUCCACGCCCCUAACCCUCCGUGACGGCACCACCACAACCACCAUCACAAUCCCGGCCAAAACCGACAUCCUCGUCGGGAUCCUUGCGUGUAACCGUAACCCUGACCUAUGGGGCCCCGACGCGAAUGAAUGGAAGCCCGAGCGAUGGCUCAAGGGCCUGCCUCAGGAAACGCUGAGCCCGCUGGGUCCUCAUAGGAUGACGUUUAUCGGAGGAGGACGAGCGUGUAUCGGAUUCAAAUUCGCCAUUCUCGAAUUGAAGGUCAUCCUAACAACCCUCCUUGAAGCCUUCGAAUUUUCGCCAACUAGCCAAACAGUCGGAUGGCAAUUCAACGGGGUGACUCAACCUGUCGUGCACGACCCCACCGCACCCCCAGGGACAUCGCCGAAGAUUAUGCUGCCCGUAAAGGCUUCUCUGGCUCAGCCCCAGUCGUAG